AUGUGGCACCGUGAGAUAGCUCUGCUGAAGAACCAAUUCCUUCGCUUCAUUGAUCUUGCUCCGGUGGAUUGGUUAGAUAUGAGUUUCACUCACGCCCACAUUGUGGACGGUCAUACAGUUAUCAAUUACAAACUCACCAUGCCUGAUUCAGGCCGCAUGUUUUGUAUUCCAAACGCUUGUCACGAUAUGGUAUGCUUCGCAACCGGGUCGGAUAUUUGUCUCUGUAAUCCCAUCACGACACAGGUUCGGAUUCUGCCCAUAUCUAUUUCAAUGGAUGAACCCUCAAAUCCUGUGGUAGAUCAGAUGCUAGGAUUUGGUUACAUUGUUUCGAAAAGACAAUAUGUUGCGGUCAAUUUGACCCGGAGAGUUUCAAUCCAGGACGAAGAUGGAUACAUAGAUUACAGCGGCGGAGAAGUUUUGUGCGAGAUUUUCACCUUCCGGGCCAAUCAGAUUAAUGAUGCCAUUGCCGGCCUUUGUUGGAGAGCAUCAAAGAAUUCCUGUCCGCGUUGGGUUGGUCAUGCAGAGAGUGGGUUCGUAGUUGGUUCCACCAUGUGUUGGUUGAUUGAGGAUGGAGGCACUAAUUUUGUAUACGAAGAAACUGGUCACCUCUUUCUCAAGGAUUACGCAAGAAGAGACAAUGAGCUGAUUCUUGGUUUGGAUUUUGAGACUGAAAAGUUUGAAAUCAUUCAUCCUCCCCCGGGUUGGGAAACAAAUACUGGAAAAUUAUGGGAUGUUUGGAUUAAUUUGGUGGAUAUCAAAGGUACAUUAUGUGUGACAGAUGUGAGUAGAGACCUCUGUUUUGGAGAUUUGGGCACUAAAGGAUGA